AUGCGUUUAAUUGGAACUCGACAAACAGGUGCCUCGGUUUCCGCUUCGUCUGGCCCUACCUACCCGACGGACCACCUUCAGCCCACCGUCGGUGUGAUGAGCCGAGCCAAACAUGUCACCUCUAAACACACCCCAAGUCCCACUGGCACGGCGGCCGAUUAUGCAACCUUGCCGGUUGCGCAAUUCUUCUUUGAAGGGGUCUCAUUCUUCACGCUUCACUGGCGCCUCGUCCCAUCGUCUGUCCACCGAGCCCUAAAUAUAUGGGGACGGCCUUAUCCCGUCCUGCCGGUGGGAUUAGCCGUCAGGCCUUCGAGGCGCCAGUUGGAACCGGCCCCCCGCUGCAGUGAAGCGAAACUGGCAAACGCAGUCUUGCGUAAUCGGACGCUCCGUGCCGGCUUGAACGGGUCGGCCGCGAGUAGACCUGACGAUCCCACUUGA